CCUAGGUUGAGUUUGUGAUGAAUAAAUGGUGUGUAUCUUCUGACCAUAAAAGCAAGGCUCCACUAACAUAGGUCACCACCCAGUUCUGUUUUAGAGUACAAUUUCACUCUGAAUGCAAGGGGAAAUCAUGUGCAUGACAAGCUAACAUUAACCUCCACACUUCCCCUCUGUCAACCUUCAUAUACAGAGGAACUAGAAGCGUUCUUUUCAUUUCACUUUUAUCAGACACCACAUCUGCCAAGACUUAUAUCUCUUUAGUGGGGAAUAACAGACAUGAACAAACAAGGUGGGAAAGCAUAUGGAAUGCUCAAAUCCCAACAAGACGACAAACUGAACUCCAUCAAUGAGAUGUACCUUACUGAUUCUAAGUAUGCUGAUGUGGAAUACCUGCAGUCCAAACUGGAAUCUUUCAAACACAAAUACAUGGAGUUUGACCUUAAUGACCAAGGAGAAAUAGACAUUAUGGGUCUAAAACGAAUGCUGGAGAAGUUGGGUGUUGCCAAGACUCAUCUUGAACUAAAGAAGAUGAUGUCUGAAGUGGUGGGAGAUAAAGAGUCCAGGGACACCAUCAGCUACACUGAUUUCCUUAACAUGAUGCUUGGGAAGAGGAAUGCAAUAUUAAGGCUGAUUCUAAUGUAUGAAGAAAAAGCAAAGGAGGAAGAGCCCAAGAACACUGGCCCACCACCUCCCAAAACCUUUGCUGAUCUCCCAUAAUUUCAAAAUGAUUCAAGUUAGGAUAUGGCCUUCAGUAUUAUCUGAGACAUCAUAUUAUUCUAUUAUAGACAAUGAAUCAAGUUGUUUAACGUGUAAGGCUACAAGUAAGAUAAGGACGACACGGCGUUCGGGUAGCAGAAGUUAAUGCACAUUCAAGGUGGUAAUGUGACCAGAACGCCAAAUGGUCAUUACACCUUGAGGUACAUUAACUUCUGCUUUCUGAAAAAAGUCCAUUAUCCUGCUUAUACCACUGUUGCCACACUUGCAUUAUGUAGCUUAUGGCCUCUUUACACCAAACAACUUUGACAAGAUUUGGGAAAGAUUCUUGAAAGAUUGUAGUCUUUUGAGUAACGCUUGA